CAGGCAUCUUCCAGCUGCUUGCGUUGCUGACAACCCAUUAUUGUCGUCACCGCUGGUCUGGGAAUCACCCGCCGCCAACACUCAUCGCGCACAUACAUUCAGGGAAACCAAAAGAAAAACCCGCAGUCGCCUCAAUUUCUUUUCUCUCACCGACUACUUACUGCCUUGGCCAGAAAACGCAGCAUCAGAUACCUACUCGUACGCCGUGUACAGUACUGAGAUCCUGCGUCAGCCCAAUUCCCAGACCCUCCUCAGCCUAGCCUACGUCUUAGCGGUGAUUAAGCCCGUCGUGGCACGCCGGGCCUGCCACUUCCGCUACCUUCUCACACAUCUGCCAACACCCCUUGCCAAUCCGAUACAAGGAGGAACGCGCCUCCCAUUUCACAGCAAAUUGUCUGAGCACUCUCGUCAACAUAACCGAAAACAUCUGUCACUUUACCCCCUACACUACAGUUCUCCCAUGCCGCAGGCUUGAACCACGCUGCCAGUACGAGGAAAGGGGAGGGUUUGUCUAUCCACUUUCCCAGCACGACCCCUUGCGGGUCUGCUUCCGACAAGCACUCCUCCCGAACUAGCUUCCCUUAGCUACAAUACCUGGAGCGUUGUCGACCUGGAUCCUAUGUCCUCAGCAUCAAUUUCUUGAAGCUCUGCCCGACUCGACACUUUACCCUCCCUGUUCCAUCGCCUCACGCUCGCUACAAACCUCUCGACCCCGAUCGAACGACCGCUCGACAAACCACUCCUCCGACGACUGUCUAACAGCCCUGAAGAGACGUAAAAGCAUUCAACGACAGAUAUACAUAGAAAUGACGCUGUGAGGCUUCACAGACACCCCCAAAAGGGCCCCAGGCAGCCUGGUUGAGAUAAUUUGGUUGAUAUUCCUACUGUUGAUCAGAAGAAUCAACCGCGAGACGUUGGAAAGAGAAUAUCUGAACCAUCACUAUGGCUAUUAUCGACUACAACCACAGGCCCUCCUCCUAUAGCAUGGCCGCCCUGGAGGAUAGGUUCGAGGUGAUCAAGGAGAUAGGAGAUGGCAGUUUCGGGAGUGUACAUCUUGCCAGAGUUAGGGCAAAUGGCGCCAGUGUUGCUCGACGGAAUACGAUGGUUGCCAUCAAGACGAUGAAGAAGACGUUCGAGUCGUUUUCACCGUGCUUAGAACUCCGAGAAGUCAUCUUCCUACGAACCCUGCCGACACAUGCCCACCUCGUCCCUGCCCUUGACAUCUUCCUCGAUCCGUUCAGCAAAAAGCUCCAUAUUUGUAUGGAGUACAUGGAUGGUAAUCUUUAUCAAUUGAUGAAAGCCCGCGACCACAAAUGCCUGGAUGCCCGAAGUGUGAAGAGCAUCCUCUAUCAAAUCCUUUCUGGUCUCGAGCACAUCCACUGUCACCACUUCUUCCAUCGCGACAUUAAACCAGAAAACAUUCUUGUCUCUACAUCCGCACCUCACGAUUCGCAAUCUUCAUUCAGCAGAUAUUCAUCCCUCGUCACACCUCCAUCAACACCUCCGACGUAUUCGAUAAAGAUUGCGGAUUUUGGUCUGGCUCGAGAGACGCACUCAAGAUUACCCUACACUACCUAUGUUUCUACAAGAUGGUACAGAGCUCCUGAAGUUCUUCUUCGUGCGGGUGAAUAUUCCGCGCCGGUCGACAUCUGGGCCAUUGGUGCUAUGGCUGUUGAAAUCGCUACAUUGAAACCACUGUUUCCUGGAGGCAAUGAAGUCGACCAAGUUUGGCGGGUUUGCGAAAUCAUGGGAAGCCCAGGAAAUUGGUACACCAAGUCUGGCACCCGUGUUGGUGGCGGUGAAUGGAGAGAGGGUACGAAGUUGGCCCAAAAGCUCGGCUUUUCGUUUCCAAAGAUGGCCCCUCAUGCCAUGGAGACGAUCCUGCAGCCUCCACAGUGGUCUUUGGCGUUUAGUAACUUCGUAACAUGGUGCCUGAUGUGGGAUCCCAAGAACCGACCAAAUUCGAGACAAGCCAUGGAGCAUGAUUUCUUCACAGAUGCUGUUGAUCCUCUCAGGCCGAAAUCAUCAUCAAGAUUGCUUGGCCGGAAACACUCAGAUCUCAGUUUCAGGUCCAAGGAUACCACUGAAACACCCACUAUCACAUCGAAGGCUUCCUGGUUCCGGAGAUCACUCAUCGCUCGAGAAAGUGCCCCUGUUGUCCCUCAACAUAAUCCCGAGCCCAAAGUGGUACCACAACAAGAACCCGAGGGUCUAGUCAGCAGACUUCGCCCUCAGGCGAAUAAGCGUGCAACGUGGACCAAUGGCACCAACCCUGUCGGGGCCGCACCAAUGCCCAUUCUGCCAUCCAUUCGACCCAUUUCUCCCUUGCCGAAUGCUGUUACAGCUCAGGCAAGUUCUGCCUUUACUUCUCAACCAGAAGCUAAGCCAAGUUCCAAGGCCACGGAAGAGAAGUCGAAGAAGAUUGGCAGACAAUUGUCGCUCAAUUCCCAUGGCAACCAUUACGCGGACCUUCACCGACAAGAAGCCGAGCGAGCAUUAAAUGCCAACAGUGGCUUGGUCUCACCUCCUGGUGGCCAAAAGGAGAGCUUCUUCUCGCAUUUGCGGAAGCGAGCAAGGCGGUUCUCUGGCAGACACGGCUUGGCGUCACCCAGCGGUGAUGACGUCGAAGCGAAUGCCGCGAAUGUGCCGUGGUCGAAUAGAUCCUCUCUCAUGGUCGAUAGUGUUAUUCCUGAGACCAACCAGGACUUCUCGGAUUUGGACAAAAUCUUGCAGAACGUGAGAUACAGCCUGGACCGUGAAGAAGCAGAAGCCGCCUCGAGAAGCCAUUCGAACAUCAAGAACAACCAAGGAUCUUUGAAGAGAACUCACUCUGUGCCUCGCUCAGAAGGUCGACGAUCCAGCGACAAUCUUGGACAAAAUGUGACUAACUCGACAACUCGGGCACGGCGCCCGCCCAUCCAAGCCAAUCAGUAUGAGACGCCUGAGGAGGCCGACGAACUGCUAGAUGAAGUUCUGAGGUCUGCUAACCGUGCCGUGAGACGUCUGGACCAAAACACGAAUACAAAAGAACAGCCACAACGACAAGUUCUGGCACAAAAGGAUCAUCACCGACAGUCAUUACCACACCCAUCGAGCAACCAUGCACUGCAGGGUGCAUACUUGACUCCAUCGCCAUCCGCCAAAAGGAAUGGUGUGCAAUUCAACCCAACACCGGCUCAGCCUUUGAAUAUUACCAAGAAACGUAACGAAAACGAGCAUGUAAACUCCCUCUGGCCUACGCCGCCUUAUGAGGAAAACGAAUGGGGAGCAGCGGCUGCCAACUCUAUUUUCGCAGCUGGAACAUCCAUCUACCGAUAAAAACAGAUCUAUCCGACCGACCACACUCGUUUCAAACCUGAAAAGUUCCUAGUCUUGACUACCUGACGAAAAUCGUGUUCCUUGAUAUCCUGUACGAAAAGACAAAGAGUGUUGUCACCUAUGAAGGUGUUUUUGAGUUAUUUUGGCGUUGGCAGCCUACCACGGCUUUCUUUUUUCCCUUUGGGCAACAUCGAGUUGCUGCUCUUUCCUUGCCUGUUAAACUUUGAUACUCUCCUGUGAGCCGCGGGCUCACCAUGCCUGGUUAUUGCAUUUGAUUUUGGGCUUCGCGCGAACGAACCGAGAGUUAGUGAGGACAAGUUUUUGUAUGGACUGCAUUUUGGGUUUUGCCGGCGAUGAUAGUGGCGACCUUGUCAGCUUGAACAGCGACGAAGAGAUUUCCAUUUGUUAAUCCUCCUCAUGACAAAAGAGGUUGUACAGCUAGAUAUAUCAAUAUGUAUGGAAAGGACUGUUGGCGAAAUAGGAACAAUACUGUUGGGCCUAGUCUAGGAUUUGCAUAGAUGACUCGUCUUUUAAGAGGACAAUCGAUGCAUCAACUGAGA